UAACUAAAAAAUUCUUCUAGAUUACAGAAACCUAGGAGAAGCCAGCCUUAUUAUGAACCUGUUCUUAAUAAUACAGGCAGAGACAAGUAACUUUCGUGGUUAACCGAAAUGUAUAAAAUUACUUUAUGAAAUCAAUGAAAUUCAAUCAAGACAAAUCUUUGCCAGAUUUAAGGAGAAUGGAAAUAAUUGUAUGGUUUUCAGAUGAGAACAAUGCACAGAUUGUUGAAACAAUUUUAGGAAAGUUUACUGUCUAGAUCAGCUUAAAACACUGCUGAUAAUAAUCUUGGCGUUUGAAAUUUUCGAGUUUUUGAGUCACGUUCGUGAUUGCAUGACAUGCUAGAUUACAUGACUGCAAUGAUACGAGAGAGAAAAUCUGAGAAGGAAAGAGAUAUUCUGUAGCUUUGUUAGAUUUCCGUAAUUCUUUUCGCCUGAUUAUAUAAUAUUUGACGAUAUUCAAUGGUCUCAUUGGAAAAAACUUUUGUAUAUUGUUGUAUAUUGAAAGUUUGAAGUAGAAAGGUCAGGGACAUGAGUGACCUGAAUCGUAAUGUGUCAGCCGAAGGGUUAAAGUCACGAAAAAAAUAUUCAGCCACACACACUCGCUCUGAUCCGGGUUUAUAUAAAAGUGUUACAAGUGCACGUGCUAGCGAGGAACUGUUGCGACAGAAAGCUAGAUCUCGGUCAGUAGGAGGAGCCGCUGCUAAGGAUUCUUCCACUCGUCCAGUGAAAGUCACGUCGCAGCAUUCAGUCGGCAAUUCAAGUGUACGACGUCAAAGAUCACUACGACGUACAGAAGAUGAAUUGAUUAAACGAUCACGAGCACAAUCUGUGAAUUAUGAAUUAUCACAGGAUUUACAAGAUAAACAAGUUGAGAUGCUAGAGAGGCGAUACGGAGGCUCAGUAAAAUCCCGCCGUGCCGCUAAAACUAUACAACGUGCCUAUAGGCAAUAUUGCAUGAAUAAAAAUUUCCAAAAGUUAAGAAAUUCCGUCGCAGAGCGAAGAUUAUCAAAAUUAGGAAGAAGUAACACAGUGUGGUCUGACAGAAUUGCUACAGAUGCUCAAUUCACAAUGGGCGCAACUGUGAUCGAGAAUGGGGAUUUGACAAACAAACACCAUACUGACUUGUACGGAAACGAUUCCAGAAAAAGAUUUACCGAAGCUGAUCCCCAUCGCGUAAAACAACAAAUGAGUUUUGAUCAAGGUUAUAAUAAAUUCGAUAUGCAAAAAUUGCGCACGUCAAGACGUGAUCGCAAGUUGGAGAGAUGUCGCGAGGUUGAUUUGACUGACAAUGGGCACCAGAUGAAAGAUGGCAGACGUAAAACAGAGGAAAAUAACAACAGAAAUUCAUGUCCAGAAAUGAAUGACAGUAGUGCCAGUGACUCACCUCAAGUGACGCCGUACGAAAGUGCGGUAGAUAUUCAUAGUUUAGACUUUGAAACUCUUGUUGAAAGUAAAGAAACGGAUAUUUUAACAGACAGUUUUCAAAGUGAUGCUAGUCAAGAUAUUAAUGCUACUAUAUUAGGAAUGCACAAAGCGUCAGGGACGUCCCUGGCAUCCAGCAAUAUAAGUGCAGAUACACUAGGCAGUAACCGUAGUAUUAAUUCAUCAUAUGAAAAUUUUAGAAAUGUAUCAGAAUCUAGUGAUAGUGCUUCAAUAACUAGUAGCCAAACAGACAUGAAUAAAGAUGUGUCCCCAGAUCGUACCCGAUCGAGGGAACAAAAACAUAUGCAAGAACAAACUGUAAAAUAUUUAAUGAAUAGCUCAGAAGUGAAAUAUAGAUCACGGAAAGACUCCGGUCAAGCUCAGAGCAUAAAUGACGCUAAUAAACGACCACCAGUUCCUAGUCGAGCACCGGAGGCUUCUCCGAUUUGGAAGCGUAAAAACGGUAAUUUGAAUGGUUCAACCGGUUCUGUAGGAAAAUUAGACGUUAAACGCAUGAGUAAUAUAUCAGAAACCAGUGAACCUGACAGUGAACACCAGUAUUCUAGUUCACCAAGUUCAGAAAACGUUAGUGCAGAAAAUAUUAGUAUAGGUGGCGAUAGUUUAAGUUAUCAGAGACGCUUGCGUUUAAGUGUGACACCUGACCAUCCGCAUGCUGGACCAAAAACAGCGGACAAACAACGCAAACGAGUGUACAGAAUUGGAUUAAAUUUAUUCAACAAAAAGCCAGAAAAGGGCCUCAGUUUUCUGUGUGAGCAUGGUUUUAUCAAUGAGUCACCGGAGACAGUGGCACGAUUCCUGAUCACCCGGAAAGGCCUCAGUAAGCAGAUGAUUGGAGAAUACCUUGGAAACCUGCAGAACCCAUUCAACAUGGAUGUAUUAUGUUACUUCUCUGAGGAGAUAGAUCUGUCAGGACUCCAGGUUGAUAUGGCUCUCAGGAAAUUCCAGUCCUACUUUAGAAUGCCUGGUGAAGCACAGAAGAUUGAGAGGUUGAUGGAGGUGUUUGCAGAGAGGUAUGUUGACUGUAACCCGGACCAAGUUAAGAACUUCAAGAACCAUGAGACUGUGUUAUUACUUGCAUUUGCCAUCAUCAUGUUGAACACCGACCUCCAUAAUGCUAGCAUAAAACAAGAGCGCAAAAUGAAGCUGGAAGACUUUAUCAAGAAUCUUAGAGGAAUUGACGAUGACGAAGAUGUUGAUCGUGAUUUAUUGACAGGUAUAUAUGAGCGGGUAAAGGCGCAGGAAUUCCGGCCGGGAGUUGAUCAUGUGACCCAAGUCAUGAAAGUCGAACAGACUAUUGUUGGUAACAGAAAACCUGCCCUGGCACUACCUCAUCGUAGACUGGUUUGUUACUGUCGACUGUAUCAGGUGCAUGACCCAAAUAAAAAAGAAAAAAUCGGUCUCCACCAGCGUGAAGUCUUUCUCUUUAAUGAUCUAUUACUGGUGACUAAAAUCUUCAGUAAAAAGAAGACUGGUAUAACGUAUUCCUUCAAACAGUCAUUCUCUUUGUGUGAUAUGCAAGUUUACCUCUUUGAAACACCUCAUUAUGCCUUUGGUGUACGACUGGUCAACAACUUGGACGGCAAAGUUCAUAUUACAUUUAACGCAAGAAACGACCAUGAUAGACAGAAAUUUGUCGAAGACUUGAAAGAAGCCAUUUUAGAAUGCAACGGAAUGGAAUCAUUGCGUAUUGACGAACAACAGCGAAAUAAUCAAGUUCACACUCCGCUAGAUCGACACUAUUCCAACGACGAUACACGAAUCAACAUGUACGACUACAUGAAGACCUCGGACCCAAACUCUAAUAGGUUGUCUGCCCCUGAUUACAGUGGCUUGAAGCAGUCGUUUCCCUUGUCAAAUUCUCUCACUGAUCUUUGUGGAGCUCAGGCGAUGCGCAGAGGUAGCAGCGGUGGUUCCCUCGACAGUGGAGUUCAUUCUGGAAGUACAGGUAGUGCUAAUAGCACCGAGAUGUCAUUUGGUAGCCAGGGUAGCCAAUCGAGCCUGAUGAAAGGUCUUGCGCUCACUGCACCCACCAUGACCCCAACAUCAAAACUGGCAAUGACAGGAGCUGCCCGUAGUAAAGCGAGUGCAUUAAAUCUGAAACGACCCGUGCCCGAGGGUACAGAGGUGUAAACAAAUGUGUGCGAUUGAAAACAAUAGUUUCCGAUGUUGACAAAAACAGUUUCCAGUCACUUGUUGGUGAUUUCCAGUCUCCUAUAUAGAGAUAUAAACGGAACUAACAAAGCCGGGAGCCAAACUUAUGUGUAGAUUCUGCACAUUCGCCAAGUAGAGGACCCUUCUAGCUCUGGUGCGAUGUGUGGUGGUAAAGAUAAACUGAGCUGUGUGUUCAAAUUCAGACAUUAAACGGCAUAUGCAGCAUUUAAGCCAUAUGCUUGUGACUGUUAACUUAAGAAAAAAUCAUGUGUAACAUAAUUAUAUAUGGCAUAUGUGUUAAAGUGACUCACAGGUAUAUAUAUAAGAAAAAUGGCUAAAAUUCAGAGUAACUUGAACCUGCCUAACAAGAGUAUUACAAAAAUGUAUCUGUAAAUUUAUUGUCGUUUCUAUUUUCAUGGAUUUAUCUUGAAUGUAUUAACUUUAUAUACCAGAAUGAGAUAUAGCAAUGUUAUAAGAGAAAAGUAAUGUUAUAUAGCUUAUUGUGGACAUUAAUAGUGACUUGCAGUAAAAUUAAAAUCAAAAAAGAAUUCUUAAUUCAUUCAUAACUAUAAUAUAUCUUUUCUACAGAAGAUUACUUUGGUGUUAAAAAUGAUACUUGUUUAAACAAUUGAUAAUUUCUAUAUUUAUAAUUACAUUUAUUGCGCUGGUGCAUUUUUAAGACAGAACUUCAUUCUAUGUUAAGCUCUGUCGAGCUGAAAGCUCUGUCAAGUUUAAAGCUCUAUUGAGCUUUGGGUGAACUUUUUUAAUACUGAAUUUAUCACUAUUUUUAGCUCUGUAGAGCUCCAUUUAAUGCAUGUUGUAUUAACUUAUCAAGGAACGUAUUCUAGACUAUUAUUAUAUGGUUUGUGCCAAAAUGCUGGACAUUUUCACUUGCAAAUCCUGUAUCCAUUAUAUAAUUGUAUUGUGUAACAUUUAAACAGUGUGUAUAGAAAUCCUCACUAUAUUGUCUUAUUACAAUAUUGUAUUGGUAAACAUAUAGUUACACACUUACACUGGCUUAAUCAAAUGGUUUAUUAUUUGGUAUAAUGUAACUUUAAACAUACUCUUCCAAUUAACAUGCUUUUCUGGCAAAAAUACAAAAUAUUUAAACAAAUUUUACUUUUUUAUAUAAGGUGAAUAAAGUCGGUGUGUGUGCUCAUCUAAAUUGACACAAACUAUUUAGGUACGGAAAUGAUUUUAGUAAGUUUAUUAAGACACAAAUGUUUCCAUUAACAUAGAAAAAAUGUACUAUUAAAAGAUUAUUCUAAGUGCAUAUAACUUAUAAAGAGCACACAACUUAAUGAAAGUACACAACUUAUUAAGCACUUACUACUAAAGUGCGUAAAAUGUGCGUACGUAAGUGAACUCACUAUAAUUAUUUAUAAUGAAUAUAUUUUAUUAAAUGAAUAUAACUUUUUGUUUAUUUAUGACUGGUAUUGGAUAAUGAUGACGUUUUUGUCAUGUAGAAAUACAGAAAGUUAGUGGUUUGAUCUCUAGAAAGUUUUGUGCUGUAGUAUAUCAUAUCUUGUGCUGCAUUUAUUUGAUACCAAUUUAAAAUGUUUUUAAAUGUUUUGUAAAUCAAACAGAAUAAAAGUGUUUUACACAAUUUUCUGCAGAUUUUUUAUGUAGGAUAUUAUAUUAUUCUGAUAAAUUGCUGUAAGUUUCUAGAUUGGAUUUGUAAAACUGAUGGAAACUGGCUGUUUUGGAAAAAAAAAAAAAGGAUUUUUUACUUUCACUUUACCUCCAUUUUUCACAUUGAUUCAUUUUUUACCACAAUUACAUUAAAAUACACCAAUUAGGACCAAAAUUCCAUGUACAUUAUAUGUUUUCUGUGUGUAAAUAUUUGUCUCACUUGUAUUUAAUAUAUAUAUAUUAUAUAUAUCAUGUACUAAACAACUACAAUGUGCAAUCAAUUGUAUAUAUUUAUUUGUAAUUCACCGUGUACAACAGGCAGCUUAGUUGGACGGCUGAAGUCGGUGUAGCUAAAAGCUUUAUAGGCACUUCUGUAUGUUUAUGUCUUAAUUCAUUUAUUUCAUGCUCAUGAAACUUGAGAUUUGUGAAGGAAUAUUGAAUAGGAAAGAGAGGCAUUUUGGAUGAGUAAAGAAAAAUCAACAAAGAUUUUUAGCCGUUUUAAAUGUGAAAUAAAAAUAUUUUGUCAUUGAUUUAAGCAUCUUGAAAGCAUUUUAUACACAUAGCUCUUAUUGUAGAGUUUUAUGAUUUAUGAUCUUUGUUGAAAUUCCCGCAAUUUUAGUCACUAACAAAAUAUUUUAUUGAGUUUUAUUUGACAUAUGUGAUGUUUACACAUACGACAGUAGCAUAUGCAUUAUUUUCUUACGCCAUAUUGAUUUAAGCUGUGUAGACUAGGCGUCCAGUAAGCUGUUUAUUGUACACUGUGUUGUUGUUGAUGUGUUAUUGCGAGUAGAUAUUAUCAUUUAUACCACAUCUACAUUUAUUGUUGCUGAUCUAGUGUUGACUUUUUAUGUGUAGCGCCAUGUUCCUUUCUUUGUGUGUGUGAUACCAAUGUGUAAUCUUAGAUGUACAUAACAACAUAAUUUUACACAUUUUACCGUUUUCAACUGUAGUUGGAGACUUUAACUUGUACAAGAAUCUGUUUUAAAAGACGGAUCAAUAAAUUAUGAAAGAUGAAA